ACACAUCACAGUGUGGAUUUUCUCUGCACUACAUGGUUUUCUCUGCAGUGCAUGGUUGCAUCCAUCCUACACACCACCACUGGUUUUCUGUCAUGAAGUAGUACAGGGGUUCUCAAACUGGGGCUCAUGAUGCCUCAGGGGGUUGCAAGGUGGUUACACGGGGGUCGCGAGCUAUCAGCUCAGGGGGGUGACAGCACUGAGCCCCCAUUAAAUUAAAUUACCCCCCCUUUUUAAUUUAGAAGGGGGCGUCACGCUCAGAGGCUAAAACGUUUGAAAACACGGAAGUAGUAGUGACUUACUUACCCUGGAAAUUCAUGCUCACUUAGCUGUGGUUUCAUGAGUUCAUUGUAAAGCGGAAGGAGCUGUGCUUCUUGUCUCAGAAGCCUUGGACUGUUCAAGCCACAGGAAAGCGUACCAGCUCUGGCAUGGAGAUGGGGACAUCUUGGCGUGUGUGGCUCACGCUCUUCCUUUUCUACAAAGCCGGGUCCGGCAGAGCAGAGGCCGGCACGAUGGAGCUGAGCCGGAUUCUAGGGGACUCUGUCACCUUCCUCCUGGAGAUCCCAGCAAAGCAAGUUAGAACUGUUGCCUGGACAGUAAACACAACUAGGAGCAUAGUAACUGUAACAACAGGAACCCCCCCCAAUGUCAUUGUGUUAGACCCAUCCUACGAGGGACGCGUGAGUGUCCUCGAGAGCAACUCGCUUCAGAUCACCAGCCUGAGGAUGAAGGACACGGGCACCUACGGAGCUCAAAUCUCCACAGCUACAGACAUCAGCAACAGACACUUCCUGCUGCAUGUGUACAAGCAAGUACCGGAGCCAACUGUCCUCUGUGACUCAGUGACCUGUGUGAAUGAAACCUGUAACUACAACCUGCACUGCACCGUCAGGGAUGGAGGGGACAAUGUGACCUACAGCUGGACUCACACAGCAGUGGGUGCUGUUGUACCCAAUGGGUCCAUUCUGCACAUCUCUCUCAGCCCCCGUGAUGCUCACCAGAAUGUCACCUGCACAGCCCAGAACCCUGUCAGUAACAGCACCACAACCGCCUCUGCAAAGGGCCUUUGUGCAGCACCCACAACAACCACCACCACUGUAAACUCACCUCAGUUCCAAUCUGCCAGUAUGGCUGGAAUUGCAGUUCCAAUUGUUAUUGUCAUCGUCGUCAUUGUCGUCAUUGCUCUGUGCUACGUGCACCGGCAAAACCACAAAAAAGCCUUGCAGAAGUACACUCCAGGACCUGCUGGUGGCGAAGAGGCUGAUGCAGAAAAAAACACGGUUUACGCCCAAGUCGGUAAUUUGCCACUGCCUUACAGUAGAACAGGGACUCCGAAAGGGAGGCUGGAGACCAAGGAGGACGAGACAAAAACGAUCUAUGCCACGGUCCAGAACCCAAACCAGUCGCCUCCGCAAACGGAUGAUGAGAAGCUGGGCAAGGAUGGCCUGGAGUCCAUGAAGAAGGGCGAGAAAACCAUUUAUGCCACAGUUAGCCAGCCAACCCAGGCACGAGCGGUUUGCAUCUUGUUAUCAGAGGGUGAAAUUCAGGACAAAGACCACCAAGUCCACAGAUGCUGAUGAAUCUGCGGCCACUCCAAAACCCCAAAGGAUGACAGAAUAUGACAAGAUCAUCUAAUAGCUUGUCAAGGCAACACAAACAUGCGGCGAGAAACAAGGGAUAAUUCAGUACCACAGCAUCAGACACCCAAACAGCAGAGGAUCAAUGCAUAUGAUUUGUACAGAGCCUUGCACAAUAGGGUCCCAGUCCCUGACUGGGCUCCCAUCUGCUACUGCAAUUGUAAUGUGGACAGUCCCUGGUCCUUGGCGGGCAGGCUGUCAGCACAAACUCUUCCUACACAAGGAGCUGAUUUGUGCAACUGCUCAACAAAGAGGUGUUUUCCCCAGAUAUGCACUAUGGUCUUGGAUUCAGCCCCAGGCCCUCGUGCCAUGGGAAUCCCACCAGUCUUACUCCACUGACUAUGGCUAUAACAUUUAAGAAGAUGGGAGCCUCUCUCCAGAUCCACCCAUGAUAGCAGAAAACUACCACGAUUGCCUUGUUAGAGGCUAUUGCGAUGUCUGGCUGCUCCAGGAUCAGAGCCAGUUGAAGAAUCUGUUGCAAAUUAUAUUUGUUGGGAAUCUUAGUAUAUUUUCCCAUCAAACAACGAUCCUAAGUUUUUCCCACUCUUCUAUCAUCAUGUGGUUGGACACUCUUCAUCACGUGAUAGUUUGGUCAAUCUGCUAAUUGUUUAUUUACAAGUACAUCUGCCCCACUAUUGGAGCGGCCCAAUGCAAGAUACUGCUACUCCGGUAAUGCAAAUGGCAAAGGUCUCUCUGAAGCCAGGCCAACGAGCAGGGCCCGGGAGCAGGGGCAGGUUGUGGUUUGGACAGUGAUGGAGAGAUUCCAGCUGCAAGGGUUAUUUGCUGUCGCUAGACACUGGAAGUCCCCACUUACCCUGCUCCCUUCCCAAAAGUCAGCUCAAGGCCUCCUUACACUGGUGCAGUUGCAGCUCGUUGGGAAGCAGGUCAGUCCACUGGUCUGUUGAUAGCCAAUGGCUAGGGGUGCAGCUUUGUCACGGAGGUAAAAAUGUGAUUUUUCCAUGGCUUUCUUCGCAUCUGGGAUUUCAUAGGCUGAGGGGACCAUCCAGGCCAGGGCCCAGCCACUUUUACCACCACAGUUCAGGGCAGAUGAUCUGGCGGUGCCAUGGCCAAGAAGGGGGCAAGGCUGGGUGUCACAGGGAGAGGGCCAUGCCCACAGGCAAGAGCAAGGAGCCAGGCCAGCCCCAGGGGACAAGAGCCACCAUUAUGAGGUCAGUACCAGGUGGGCUUGCUCUGCAACACCCCCCCCUCACCUCCACCAGGCCUCCCACCCCCAGGGGCAAGACCUAACCUCUCCCAUCAUGUCACACCCUCCCACUUCAAGUGGCUUUACAACCACUGCCUCCUGAAGCCGUGACUUCAACUAAAUUUACCAGGACUGCUCACUGAUUGGAUGAAAAAAAAUGCUGUGACAAAUCUGCAGCCUUACCAAUACCCUAACGCCAGGCUCUUCCACACCGGAUGGGGCGAAGAAGAGAGCGAGUGGGAUUUGAGGAGCCAUUCUCCAGGCACAUCAGAGCAAGACGUCCGCAAGAGAAUGCACAGAAUCCGUGGGUCUGUCGGAUUAACCAGGAAGUAAAGGACACAAUUAAGAAAGAGAAGACGGUUGCGGAGAAGUUACAAUUUCUUUGCCUCAGAGGAUGUCAAGGAGAUCCCAAACCUGAGCUGCUGUCUCAGGUCAAGGACCAAAGGUGUUGAAAGAGGAGCUGCUGGAACAAACUGAUAUAGAGCAAAAUAUCAGGAGGCCUCGGCGACAUCACCCAAGAAAUUUGAACGCAGGAACAAAAUGACUGAGCUGCUUACAAAACUCUGCAAUCUCUCCUUGCAAUCAGCUGCUAUCCUGGGGGCUGCAGUGGGUGCCCAGACUCUCACACAGCCUUGCCCCUGGUACCCUCUCCUACACCAGGGCUUGCAAUGGAGUCCCGGGUCUCCAACAGUGCCUGUGUCCGAGGAAUCAUCUCCCAGCUAAAACCAGUGUGUUUAGAGCCUCUUUACACAGCCCUGGCCUUGUACCUGCAGGACAGGGGCUGGUCAGGGAUGAGAAUCUCAUCCUUGGACAUUGUUUUAGAAAGGCAGCUAGCAAGAGGAGACAUGACGGGGGUAAGCAGAAUAACGAAUGGAAAAGAGAAGGUAGAUCAGGCAUUUCUAUCCACCCUCCCUCAUAACACACGAACAAGGGGCGAGUCAAUGCAACUGAAAAACAGCACAUUUAAAACCAGUAAGAGGAAAUACUGUCCCCCCCCCACACACACACACAGUGCACAACUAACCUGAUCGAACUCACUGCCCCAAAGUAUCAGCAAAGCCAAGGGCUGAGCAGGAUUCUCGAGAGGCCUCGGACGUUCUCAUUCUCCACAGUCACAGCAGAAAGGACAAAACACGUUCAGAAGGGACACACGCCCUCCUGACACGGAUCAAGCUCUGACUGACGGGGGUCAGGAAGGAACUUGCCUAGUGACUAGGUUACUUCAAUAGCUGCCCAUUAACGGGUCACGUGCACCUUGCUCAGAAGCAGCUAGUCCCGGCCAUUGGGCUGAGCCAAGCCCUGGUCUGACCCGCUCUGGCCCGUCCCAUCCCCACUUACCUCUUGCAGGCUCUCGCUGUUCUCUACCUCGUUGAGCCAGAGCUGCAGCAGCGGCCUUAGCUUGCACGUGUUUUUGAAGCUCAGCUGGAGGGCUUCGAAGCGGCAGAUUGUCGUCUGGCUAAACAUCUUCCCAUACAGGGUCCCCAGACCUCUCCCGCCUCCACACCUGCCCCUUGUUACACCAUCUGCACCUCUUCCCCUCUGGGUGUAAGGAUCAGGCCUUUGUCUGCAGCCAGAUUGUAAGGCCUAAAGCCUUCAUCAGAAGAGCGGCCGAGCAGCAGCCAUUAGCUGAGAAGCAGGAAGUCACGUCCUCACAUUCCAGCUACAUUACAUUAAAACAAUAUCAUAUCAGGCUGUAAAGAAGGAGACCCCAUCCGAAUGGCCCCCACUAUCACCAGAUCUUAAGAUGGUUAAAGAAAAUGUAGUUUGACAGCAUCUGUCUGGCAAGAAAUCACUUAUCACCAGUUGUGGUUGUGAAAUCCUCUUUUCUUCAUUGUUUUGUCAUUAUGGUCCCCACUGCCCUAGUGUUUAUCUGUAUGGUCUCUGGUUCUUUCAUUUUUUUUGUCUGUUACAUAAUUAAUUUUGCUCAGUAUAGAUUAAUUAAGGGGGUGGGGUAGGACUGGUUAAAGAAUUUUGUUACACUGUGUUAGGAUUCGUUAGUAAAAUUUAAUAAAAUGGUCGGUUAAGACCUA